AUGGGAUUCCUCAGCACCGGGGACGAGGUGAUCCCCGGCAACGCAGGGCUGAAGGACCAGCUGCUGUCCCUGCGCUGGCUCCAGCAGAACCUCGCGGCGUUCGGCGGUGACCCGGCGAAGGUGACCAUUGGCGGAGAGAGCGCGGGUGGCGCGUCUGUCUCCCACCACCUCAUAGCACCCAGCUCCGCAGGACUUUUCCGGGAGGCGACGAUAGAGAGCGGUAACUCAGUGUCCCCCUUCGGCGUGACGACCGUCGCGCGGCAGAAGGCGUUCCGGCUGGGAGAGGUCCUGGGAUUCUCGGCCAACGACUCCAGGCAGCUGCUGGAGUUCCUGAGGACGCAGGACGCGCACGAACUCGCCGCACACGACCGGGAGCUGCUGCUCGACCUGGACGGACUGUCGGCCGUGGUGUGGGCGCCCGUGGUUGAGGCCGAUUUGGAGGGAGCCUUCAUCACAGAGAUGCCCGCCGACAACCUCAAGGCAGGGCGUUUCAGCAAGGUGCCGGAGCGGAUGAGUGAGGAUGUUGUUUCCACAGCUCCUUUCGGGCCUCCCCUGCUGGAGAACGAGGCCCUGCUGCAGCUGGUGAGCGACUACUUCGUGCCGCUCGUGUCCACCCUGCUGCACCUGCCCACGGGGGCCGCGCCCCUGCUGGCCUCCGUCCAGGUGCGGGACUUCUACUUCGGACACUCCACGCUGGAGGACGCCCAGGCCAUCGUCGACAUGAUGAGCGACAUCUUCCUUGUGGAACCAGCGGACUCAGCUGUGCGGAUCAUCGCCAAUCAUUCUGAUUCUGCACCCGUGUACUACUACCAGUUCGACUACCGGGGACCUGAACUGGGCAACACAACAUAA